AUGGAAUUAUUUACUUAUCAACUACUUGUUUUCAUUUUAAUUUGUACUAAAUAUGGGAACAAUCAUUCAACUGGAGCGCCCACGGAUGCUUGUUCAACAAUGACACCCGGUCACACACCUAAUACUGCACAAUCAUGUUCAGCGAUCUACACAAUUCAAACGGAUAAAACGCAAUAUUACCCAACUGAUACUGUACUUAUUACUGUGAGCGGUGCAACAGGCAGUAAUACAUUUCGAGGAAUUUUAUUGCAAGCGAGAACACUAAAUGGUAAUCAAAUUAUCGGAACUUGGACAGUCGUCAGUUCAACAACUCAAGCACUGACUUGUAAUAGUGUUACAAAUUCAGCUAUAACUCAUAAUUCUAAAACUGAUAAAACGUCGGUACAAGCUAUCUGGACUCCACCAUCGACUAUCACUGAGACGACAACAGUGAUAAAAGCAACGAUUGUUAAUGUAUAUACAACGUUUUUUGUCAAUUGCUUUAAUGUGACAUUAACUGCCAAGCAAGCGAAUACAUCUACAAAUGCAACAACUGUAGCAGCAAGUUCCACGACUGCUGGUGCUUCAACUACUGUUACCUCAACUACUAUUACUACAACUACUGUCCAACAGAUUGUUGGCGUCCAGGUUGCUGUCAAUUGGACGUACACAUCUGGCGUAACUUCAGUGAAAAUGCAAAUUACUAAUUUACAAGCAUCACAGUGGUGUGCAUUCGGUCUGUCACUUGAUCAAGAUAUGGGUGAAGAUCAUGUUUUUGUUUGUAAAUAUUUGUCGACAUACAAUGUGGUAGUAGAACGUCGUAUAAACUCAGGUGGUUACUCUCCACCCGUUUUGGGAGGCACAGGUGGUGUGUUUAAUAGUACAACACAGAAGGUUGAGAAUGGUGUGGUUUCUUGUGAAUUUACUCUUUCGGGUUUUACAUCUUCCAAACGUCGCCGAUGUGCAAUAGCUUCACUUUCUCAAACAACAUCUUACUAUCCAUUGAUAGCCAUCGGAAAUUUAGAUAGUUCGAAUAAUUUGAUCCAACACACAUCGCGUACACCACUUUCGCAAACUGUUCAACUGAAUCAAGCAGCAUCGUUUAGUUACAAUGCUGACAGUGAUGAUUCCAGCAAUACUUCCCUAAUGAAAGCACAUGGCAUCAUUAUGAUCUUUACUUGGAUACUAUUUGUUUCAACAGGUGUCCUUAUCGCUCGCUAUUUCAAAACAGUAUGGCCAGAAAGAAAAAUAUGUGGUAAAGCCGUGUGGUUCGCGAUCCAUCGUGCUGUUAUGAUUAGUGUGGCGAUCUUGACAAUAAUUGCUUUCGUUCUUAUUCUUGUUUUUGAAAGCGGACAAUGGAUACCGCGAAAUGAAACACGAGAAUUUGCUCAUUCAAUCGUUGGGAUACUUGUUAUUUGUUUCGCUAUUGUUCAACCCAUCAUGGCACUAUUUCGUUGUGCGCCGGACGCACAAUAUCGUUUUAUUUUUAACUAUGUCCAUGCAGCUGUUGGUUUUCUGGCAUUCACUCUUUCAGUUGUGGCAAUAUUUAUUGGAAUGUUUCUAUCCGCAAUUAAUCCUGAUGGCAAUAAACGAUGGGGCAUUGUAUUAGCAUGGACACUCUGGCUACCAGUGAUAUUUAGUUCAUUUCAAUUUGUAGAAUUCUACUUUAAACGGCAAGAAUCAAGGCAAAAAGCUACAAAUUCCUAUGAUUUAAGCAAUACAAAUGGACACGCGGUCCCGCCGGAUGAAACAAAAGAAAUCGAAAAUAAUCCAACAAGAGAUCGUAUCAAGAUUAUCCUACUCGUUAUUCAUAUCUUAGUAGCAUUGGGAUUAGCAUUGACUUUGGCUAUUCUUGUUGGUCAAAUAUAA